GGAGAGGAGGGAGGGGGCCCGUCCGACAGCCACAGCGGCCGGCGCAGCGGCGGCGGCACCACCACCAUCACCGCUCGCACCCCUGCCACCCGGCCCGCGAGGAGGCAGCGGCGGCCGCCGGCGGGAGCGGAGGCGGCAGCGGAGAGGCGAGGAGGCGCGGCGGGAGGAGCGAGAGCGCGAGCCGGCGGGUCCACGCAUCUCCGCACUUCCAGGGCAACUCCGGCGCCUUCCGCACCCCUGCCCGGGGCGGGGGGCUCCGAGCGCGGCCGCCAAGCCCACCCUCUCCUGCCUGCGAACCCUGCCCAGCCCUGCCCGGCGCCUCCCGGGCUCCGCUGCGAGCGGCGGGGUCCCCGCUCCUGCGCUCCGGGCGCGCCUCCCGGACGCCCGGGUCCCCGCAGCCAGGACAAAGCCAUGAAGCCGGCGCUGCUGGAAGUGAUGAGGGUGAACAGAAUUUGCCGGAUGGUGCUGGCCACUUGCUUGGGAUCCUUCAUCCUGGUCAUCUUCUAUUUCCAAAUCAUGCGGAGGAACCCCUUUGGUGUGGACAUCUGCUGCCGGAAGGGGUCCCGAAGCCCGCUGCAGGAACUCUACAACCCAACCCAGCUGGAGCUCUCCAACACGGCCGUCCUGCACCAGAUGCGGCGGGACCAGGUCACAGACACAUGCCGGGCCAACAGCGCCAUGAGCCGCAAGCGGCGGGUGCUCACCCCCAACGACCUGAAGCACCUGGUGGUGGAUGAGGACCACGAGCUCAUCUACUGCUACGUGCCCAAGGUGGCGUGCACCAACUGGAAGCGGCUCAUGAUGGUCCUGACCGGGCGGGGCAAGUACAGCGACCCCAUGGAGAUCCCGGCCAACGAGGCGCACGUCUCGGCCAACCUGAAGACCCUGAACCAGUACAGCAUCCCUGAGAUCAACCACCGCUUGAAAAGCUACAUGAAGUUCCUGUUCGUGCGGGAGCCCUUCGAGAGGCUGGUGUCCGCCUACCGGAACAAGUUCACGCAGAAGUACAACACCUCCUUCCACAAGCGCUACGGCACCAAGAUCAUCAAGCGGCAGCGCAAGAACGCCACGCAGGAGGCCCUGCGCAAGGGCGACGAUGUCAAGUUCGAGGAGUUCGUGGCCUAUCUCAUCGACCCGCACACCCAGCGCGAGGAGCCCUUCAACGAACACUGGCAGACUGUCUACUCCCUCUGCCACCCGUGCCACAUCCACUAUGACCUCGUGGGCAAGUACGAGACGCUGGAGGAGGAUUCCAACUACGUCCUGCAGCUGGCAGGCGUGGGCAGCUACCUGAGGUUCCCCACCUACGCCAAGUCCACGAGAACUACUGAUGAAAUGACCACAGAGUUCUUCCAGAACAUCAGCUCAGAGCACCAAACGCAGCUGUACGAAGUCUACAAACUCGAUUUUUUAAUGUUCAAUUACUCAGUGCCAAGCUACCUGAAAUUGGAAUGAAGGGUGGGGGUGGGGAGAGGAGAAAGAAUCGUGCUUUUUAAUUUAAGAUUUUUAUUUGUCAAAAGAAUUAUAUGGAUAUUGGGUUAUUUUGUAAAUUAAUAUUUCUUUGGGGAGGAUGCUGCGAGCAGCAUAGUGGGAAUUAUUUAAAAUCCUUAGUAGGGACGGACGGCUGUCUUUGCAGGGGACUAGGAUGGGUGUCCUUGUUUUUCAGACGUGAAUCCCGCAACACUGUCUCAGAGGUUUCUUUGUGUUCUGGUGAAUUCCAUGAAUUGCGCAUCCCGUAAAGUUCUAAUUAAUGUUAUUUAUAGUUAUUUAAACAUGGUCUCUGUGUAGAUUUCUUUUUGUGGCAGCAAGACUCUACUGUCUUUGCGGAAGAAAUCUACGUUUUGUUCUGUGCUUGCAGCAGCUCAUGGGGGGGCAUGAAUGUUCUCCUUACUAACCUUAGCUCAGAGCGUCACUGUGAUAACAACCAUUGUGCUGUCUGUUGAUGCCACCACCAUCCUUGAAAUUCUGCUAGAAAUAAAUAGAAAGAGGCAUCUUUGCAA